AUGCCAAAACCUCUCGCGCCUCUCCAACCGGAGGUGUUGAACGCGCUCAAAGAGGAGAGUAUUGUCAAAGACAAGCUAGCCGACACAGCUGCACUUAAAGAAAAUAGCCCACCAAAGUCUUCGCCUGCGAAAAAGGCCACUCCAGCUUCUGGCAAAAAGCGCAAGGCCGAAUUGUCCCUCGAUGAAGAAAUUGCAGCAUACAAGGCUGACCUGAACGAUACCGUCAGCCAAGCUUCUUUUGAGAACGAUAGACUUCCCAGUUGUAGUGUCAUCCGCACCAAGAUGAACAAGCUCUUUGACUCGGGUGUUAUGAACAAAGCUGAGUUCUGCAGAGCCACCGGUGCUAACUCAAACUCCCUUAACAAAUUCCUCAAACAGAAAGGUCCCUUCGGUGGAUCUAAUAGUGCUGUUUGGCGUAAUGCAUACGUAUGGUUUCAACAACGUGAAGUUGUGGGCCUUAAAAUGCCAGACACCAAGAAACGACAGCUCGAGGAGAGUAAGAAGGAUACCGCUGAUGGAACUCCCUCCAAGACCGCAGCUACAAAAGCCCUCCCUGAUAUUAGCGAGAUUCACCUCGAAGGCGAAGAGACAGAUGAGGUACCCAUCUACGACAACUGCGAUGAGAUCCGCCGCAAGAUAAACGCACACAUGAAAAUACCCAGCGUGACCCAAGCGCAAUUCUGCAGAGAUAUCUACGCUCAGUGGAAAGCACCCAAGUGCAAGGGUAUCCAAUCAAAACAGCUUUCUGACUUCCGGAAUGCAAAGGGCGGUAAUGCCGGGGCGAAGAGUUCCGUAUUUUACGGAGCAUAUGUUUAUUUUGAGAAGGUGAGGAUCGCGCAGGGGAAACCGGUCACGAAACAUAGGGUGGAAAUGACGUUUAUGCAUCCAGGGGGUAUUCCGAGAGAUCGGGAUGAUAGAACGACUUGGUUUGCUGGUGCGGCUUGA